AUGAAGUUUACCGCAGCCCUUGCCCUCCUCCCCCUCGCCGCCUCCGCGUGGGAGCUGACCACCGGCUACUGGAAGAGCUCCGAGACCGAUGUCUGCGCAAAGGCUUUCUUGCCCAAAGGAUUCCAUGUCACCAUUAACGAGCUCCUUCCAGGCCAGAAAGUUUUCUUCUUCUCGGAUGAUGAAUGCGAGGACCUGGCGUUCUCUGUUCACGACGUGGGUACCGUGAAGCUCGAGAGUCGGGUGAAGAGCUUCACUGUAUUGGACUUUGAGCAAAAGCAAGAUUUGAAAUAG